AUGGCGCUUUGUAAUACUUCUUAUAAGCUGAUUUCCAAGAUAUUACAAAGAAGAUUGAAGCCCCUGAUCCAAAAACUAAUUUCUCCUAUGCAAGCUGCGUACGUUCCUGGUAGACUAAUAUAUGAGAACAUUAUUAUGGUACAAGAAAUUGUUCACACAAUGAAGAGAACUGAAGCCAAAGAAGGUAUUCUUGCAUUAAAAGUGGAUAUGUCCAAUGCCUUCGAUAGAUUGGAAUGGUCCUUUCUGCUGGAUAUCAUGAAGAAAUUUGGGUUUUGCAAUAAAUGGUGCGAGCUUAUUCACCAAUGUAUCGGCACUACUCAAAUAGAGGUGAUUGCAGAAUUCAGCGCAUGCUUCAGAAAGAUGAUCAACUUCAGUAAGUCUUCCAUCUACUUCAGCAAGAAGAUGAACCCCGAUGUUUGUAAUAAACUGGCUGGAAUUCUAAAUGUCAGACAGAUGAAUCUCAACGAGAAAUAUUUAGGUUUGGCUUUCUUCAUCGGCAGAAAUAAGAGAGUCCCUUUCUCUAAUAUAGUGGAUAAGAUGAAAGUAAAUUUAGAUGUUUGGAAGGAAAUAAACUUAUCAGAAGCAGGUAGGACUGUGAUAGUGAAGAACGUCCUUAACUCAAUCCUAGUUUAUCAUAUGACGUCCUUUAAAUUGCCAGAAACUACUAUCUCCAGUAUAAACUCGGCUCAAGCAAGUUUCUGGAAAAGAAAGAAGAAUAACAAAGGUUUGCAUCUUAUCUCAAAUAACAACCUAUGUGGACAUAAGCAUGACGGAGGUCUGGGAUUCAGGGAUAUGCAACUGUUUAAUAGAGCUAUACUCGUAAAAUCAGCUUGGAGGCUGCGUAUAAGGGAGGAUGAUGCUUGGUUCAAAGCACGUGGAGCUAAAUAUUUCAGCAAUGGAGAUUUUUUCAACGUUGAAGAAAAACAGGACUCUUCAUGGAGUUGGAAAAGCAUCAGUUCUGAAUUAAAAAUUGUCGAGGAAAAUAGUUGUUGGCAGUUGGGAAAUGUAGAAAGAAUACGAACUUGGUAUGAUAGAUGGAUACCUGAGCUACAUCAAACUCCUACUUCUAUUGUUAACCCAAACAUAUCACAUCAGUUCGCUCAUGUAAACGAUAUUUUCAACUCUUCUGCCAUGGGGUGGGACAUGAAUCUUCAUCACCAACUCUUCUCUCCGGAGGUAGUUAAUCUCAUCAGUAAAAUCUCCAUACAUCCUAACUUCAAAGACAAACUUGUUUGGAAAUUGAAAAAGAAUGGAUGUUUUUAUGUCAAGUCGGCCUACAAGAAACUAUACGAAGAUAAAUAUAACUAUUCUCCUACAGACCCUGAAAUGAUAAGUAUAUGGAUCAAGCUUUGGAAACUACCAGCUUUGCCCAGAAGAAGAUUCCUGCGGUUUAUGGUCUUCACUAGAUCUCUCUACAAACAUCUUGGUGAGUUGCUCGAAAAGCAAGAAUACGUUAAAAGAACAAGAAAGCCAAGGAUGACAAAAUCUGACGAUGAGUCUAAGACUGAUGAACCAAAAACUACCGACGAGAAGGUGGUUAUGUUGGAAAAGGAUAUGAAGACGAUUCAAACUACCCUGGAUGAGUUGGUUGCUUGUAUUCGUUCCAAUACACUAAAUCUGAAACCUUCAAAAAAGACGAAAUCUCCAUCUUGGGGUUCGAAAGAAGAGGAUGAGGAAGAAGAAGAAGAAAGCGAAGAGGAAGAAUAA